UUACCAGCUUUUGCCUUUGAUGCUGUUCGCUAAAAGAGCAUUGGAAGAACGUACAAAUCAGCAACUUUGUACUGAUGAAGUGACCUCUGUGCUGCUUGUGAUAUCUCCAUUGAACGCUUUAAUAAACGAUCAAGUUCGAAAGUUAUGUGCGAUAGGACUUAGAGCAUCGGCGAUAAAUAUUCAGCCACAACAAAAUAUUGACGAUGAAAUCGAUUGUGAUGUAACUGAACUUGAACAAAAAACGAAGCUGAUCAAAGGAUAUUAUAAUUUGUUGUUUGCUCAUCCUGAAGCGCUAAUAUCAAGCAAGUUUGGAAAAGAACUAGUGAACAGCGCUAUAUACCAAAAACAUGUUUGCGCUAUUGUAAUCGAUGAAGCCCACUGCAUUCUUGAAUGGGGAGAUGAUUUCAGACAAGAUUAUGCAAAGCUAAGUGUGUUGUGUGCUGUCUUUCCAAAAGUACCACUUCUGGCUAUGACGGCUACAGCAAAUAAAAGUGACCGAAGGCAGAUUAAGGAAUCACUUGGCCUGCAUAGUUGUUUUGAAUUGAUUGCAAACCCCAACAGAAAAAACAUCUUCUAUGAAAAGACAUUCAGAUAUGGACAAGAUAUUGAUGCAUUUGAGCACAUUUGCAGACCAAUUGCAGUCGAUUUGCUACAUAUGAAAAUCGAUUUCCCGUUGACUAUUAAUAUAUGCCACUUCGAUGGUGUGGGUUUGUAUACCGACUAUUUGAAACCAUACUUGGUAUAA